GUUUUCUACAGCUGAUCAGUUAUAGCGAAAUCAUACAUGUGUGUAUGAAAUUGGAAUACAGCCUAGUUAGAAUACAGUACAAAAAUUUCAAGUGAAUCUUUGAUUAUCAUUUCAUCGAAAUAAUUAUUUUUAAUAAUUUAAGUAAAUUACAUAGCAAGUGAUCAUUAAUUAUUUUAUUAUUAAUCAGAAAAUAUUGAAUUGGAGUAGUAAAAAUAUAAUCCUUUUAAAGAGACCAAUAAAUCCGGUUUAUAUGUAUUCAUUAAAAGUAUAACCUCACUCGAAAAAUCAGUAGAGUGGUAUAUUUUUAAAUUAAAUCAUAAUAAAAACAAUGAGAAAUUUGAGCAUGAGUUGUAUGAUGAUGUUACGGCUAAAACCCAAUAGGAUAAUAAAAAUGUAUAAUUGGAACAAAUGUUUGUUCAAUUUAAGUGAUAGAUUAUAUUGUAAAGCUGAUAAAAGAACAAAUGGAUUUCGAAUGGACAAAUUAAACAUUAAAGCAAGAAGAAAGGCAUUAAGAUUGAAAUUAGCACAAAACAUCAGAGCAACUAGAGAUAAAAUGGAAAAGAUUAUAGAAAGAGAAAAUAUUUGGACUAUUCCUAAUUUUCUUUGUGUAGGUCGAAUUGUAUCAACCCCAUAUCUAGGUUAUUUAAUAAUUCACUCACAAGACUAUCAUGCAGCGUUAUGGAUUCUGGGAUUUGCAGGAUUUACAGAUUUAAUUGAUGGAUGGAUCGCUAGAACGUGGGUAUCCCAAGCUUCUAAAUUAGGAAGCUUUCUGGACCCAAUGGCUGAUAAAUUGCUUGUUGGCACACUAUUUUUAUCACUAACAUGGGUUGAUUUGAUACCUAUUUCUCUAACAUGUCUAGUAGUCAUGCGUGAUGUUAUUCUAAUAGGUGCUGCAUCUUAUAUACGAUAUCGGUCGAUGCCUAAACCUAGAACUUGGAGCAGGUAUUUUGAUCCUAGUCAUGCAACAGUUCAAUUAACACCCACAUUUAUAAGUAAAUUAAAUACUGCAGUUCAACUAUCUUUAGUCGCUGGUACUCUAGCAGCUCCAGUAUUUAAUUACGUAAACCAUCCAAUUUUACAAGGUCUUUGCUAUCUUACAGCAGCUACAACAAUCGCUGGUGGAUUUAGUUAUCUUUUUACGAAAAAUACCUACAAGUUACUAUCAAAAAAAUCAUGACCAUUAUAGAAUUAACUUAUAUUGUUGAUUUUUUUAUAAAAUUAAAUUUUUAUAUUAUUGUUAUAUUUAUAAAAUUAUUGUAAAUCAAAGGAACUUAUUUUAAAAUAAAAAA